UAUAUAUAUAUAUGAGACCUAUUCCCACUAGCUAUGUGUAAAUGAGAUGAGAAGGGAAUUUAUAAAAAAUUUAUUUGUUUUACUCUACACGUGGAUACUAGGUGGAGGACAUGAUUGGAAAAGUUUAAAGAUUUAGCCAUAGAAUUGUGUGAGGACUUAGGUUCGGCUCAACUAAAACCCAUUUUCAUGGAAUAGUAUCAACUCUUUUGACCGAGUAAUAAGGUGGGAUUGAGGGGUUUAGUUAUUUAUUUAAAUACUUGUUAUGUGAAGCACGGUUAGUGCUGGAGUUAGUGGGUAAGAGACCUAGGCCUAUAAAUAGAGAGCUUUUGCUCACUUAUUCAUUUCACUCAAAUAGUCAAAUAGCUAUCCGGUAUAUUCUUCUUCCAUUUUCCUCUACACUGAAGUGAUUUUAUUCUAUCUUUUACAGUCAAACACUUGUUUCUCCAAGAGCCAAAUAGUCCUACACACCAUCAUAAUUACUAGAAGCUUUAAACAUCAACAACCUCUCUUAAACAUCACCAUCAUUCUUCCAUACAUUUAUAUAUUUCCUUCAUCAUAUCGGCAUCACCAUUACCACUAUUUUCACAUUCAAAUUUUAGUGCUCUGCUAGUUUUCUUUGGAAAUUAAGGUUUUUCGUAAGACAAUUAUUUCUCAAGAAUCACUCUCUUUGCAAUCAAGGCUAGGACUCCACAUUCGAGAUUAAGGUUCUAAAACUUAGAGAGCUGGUGGCAAGUGAGACCUUGGAGGCUUGUGUGUGUGUACUCGCUGAGGACCAUAUAACUGAGGGUGGUCUAGGGCACGCUCCAUUUAUUUUAUUUAGUGUUAUUAAAUUAAUGUCGCAGUUAUUUUUAUUUAUUAAUUAUUAUGUCUUUUAAGUCCAAACUGAGCUCAAAUAUGAAAUAUUUUAUGUUUAUAAGUAAAAGCGACAUUAUAGUUUUUCCGCAUUUUAACGCUUGUAACUAAAUUAGUAAUUUAUGAAAAAGUUCGGGCGUUACAGUUUGGUAUCAGAGCCACAGUUAUAUUGGUCCCGAACGUUCUCACGAGUUACACAUAUCGGCUAAAAAGGUUCCACUGGCUACCAAGUAAGUAUCAUUGUUGCAUGAUUGUAUUUUAUGUGCAUUUUAGUAAUUCCAGAAGUUCUUUUUAUUUUAUUUUCAGAGCCCUAGAACCAACUAAGCACCAACAUCAUGAGACCAGAGCAAGUAGAGCACAUUGUUGGGCAUAUUAAGGCCUUAAAGAGAGUUCCUAAGACCCCACCCAUGCUGGAAGAAAACAAGGUCUUUCAUAGAAUUAACAAAAUACAUGAGGGUAUGGAUAAGAUAAUAGAUCGUUGGAAUUGUUUAUUGAAGUCACAUGAGAAGUACAUAGCCUUGAUGCACGCUCUCAACAUGCCACAAGUCCAACAUAGUCUAAGAGCAAAUUGGGAACAUCUAGGGUAUGUCGGGGUAGAUGAGGCCGAAAGAUAUGACCUACUCAUGAUCAACUUAGUGGAUCAAUAUCAAAUUACCGACACCAUUUAUCACCCUGAUGGCUCUAAAGAAGAAAUAUAUCAUCGACCCAAUAAUGCUGUUAGGUCUGAAUUCCUUCAAAAGUUACCAAUUUCAUCAAACUUGGUGUACCUAGAACUCGACUAUGUAGAUUUGACAGAAGAUAUGUUAGAGGAAGGGUCAGACAUAGAAGAGUAGAAAAGUCAAGUUGCUUUUUAUUCUAUGUGUUUAUUUUUUUUAUGUAAUAAGGAGUGUUAGUAUGGCUCCACUUUAGUUAGGAGUUUUAGUGUAACUCCUUUAGCUUGUUAUCUUUUGGAAUUUAUAAAUAAAUAAAGAGGUUUUAUUUUAUUUAUAAAGAUUUAUAUAAAUAUAUAUCUACUUAUAUUAAGUCUUACUGAAUAGUUAAAGAAAUUUUUUUUUCAGAUAUAGGAGAUAUGUCUCUUAGAAUUAAGGCGUCAAACGAUACAGUACUUGCAGAAAUAAAAAAUAUUUUGUCACUUAAGAUCGAAAAUAUCCGCCACGAAGAGGAUAAGAUUCUUAGAGCUCUACGAGAGGUCAUCGCAAUUAAUGAAGAAAUUAAAAGAGUAGUAGAGGUGAGGGGAGCCUUAAUCAAAUCACGAGAAAAGUUUCUAGUGCUAAGGGCUGCUUUGUCACAUGUCCCCGAACUUCUUUACUAUAUCGAUGAAGUCUGGCACCGUGUCUCAAAUCUUGGCGACGCAAUUAGAUACGCAGCAUUCAUAUGUGAGCUGACGCUUGACUUCCACAACUUCAUUUUCGAAAAGACUUAUAUUGUGGAAACAAACGACAUGGAAGAAGAACGCGUCAAGAACAUACGAUAUAAGCUAAGUGACGACAGUGUGGAGGACAUAACAGAAUCUGUGAACGUAACAACUGAACGAGAUUUGGAAGAAUCAGAAAUGCCAGACUAUUUUGAAGUGACAGCAGAAAUGUUGGAACUUGAACUAAAAAGCCCACCUCAAAUAGAAGCAGAGAAAAUAGUAGAAAUAAUAGAGAUUCCCUCAGAUGAAGAAUCCAAAGAUGAGGAAAUGCCAGAAGGUCCCAAUGAGCCAGAUUAUUCCCCAAUACCGAAGAGCAAGGACUUAGAUCUACCCGCAACAACCAACAUCCAUGAACCAGAAGAUGACAUACCUGACUAUCAUUUUGAAGUAGAAAUUGAUGAGUCAGACUCUGAAUCCGAGGAUGUGCCAGCACCAAUUUCAACAGAUGUGGAAAUGGAAACAAACUUCGAGGAACACCCAGAAGAGGACCUACAAGAAGACCCUGAAGGAUCUGAAGCCGAGUCAUGCGUGGAGGACGAAUAAUAGUCUCUUUCAAUUUGUCAAAUUUUAUCCAAAGAAGAUAUUUUUGUUCCUAUAAUCUAGUGAUAUGUAACUAGAGAUUUAGUACUCUUUUAAGUAAAUAAAAAUUUAUUUUCCUUCAAUCAAAUUCUUCUUUUAUGACCAAAAUAACUCCCUACAAAAUUAACAAGGAAGACGGUUUGCCUCUACUUAGGAAUCUACUUUUUAAUAAAGCAAUGUUAAUUCUUAAAUCGGGAAGAAAUACUCAAACUAGACACCAAGAGCAAGAAGUACCAAUGAGUGUGACAUCUGAAGUAGUACUCAAACACCGGGGGACUAGAAAUUUGG